AUGGCCCGGGGCCCCGGGCUGGCUCUGCUGGCGACGCUGCUGCUGCUCGCGGUGGCCGCGCGGCCGGCGGGCGCGCAGGACAACUGCACUUGCGCCACCAACAAGAUGACCAUGUGCAGCCGCAGCGGCCCCGGGGGUCGCUGUCAAUGCCAGGCGAUCGGUUCUGGCAUCGAAGUGGAUUGCUCCAGACUCACCUCCAAGUGUCUUCUGCUCAAGGCCCGCAUGCACGGCCCCAAGAGCGGCCGCGGGCUGGUGCGCCCCAGCCAGCAUGCCAUCGUGGACAACGACGGGCUCUACGACCCCGACUGCGACCAGGACGGCCGCUUCAAGGCUCGCCAGUGCAACCAGACGUCCGAAUGCUGGUGCGUGAACUCGGUCGGGGUGCGCCGCACCGAUAAGGGCGACCUGACCCUGCGCUGCGACGAGUUGGUGCGUACCCAUCACAUCCUCAUCGAUAUGCGCCACCGCCCCACCUCCCGGCCUCUGAACCAUUCGGACCUGGAUGCUGAGCUGCGGAGGCUUUUCCGCGAGCGCUACCGGCUGCACCCCCGUUUCGUGGAAGCCGUGCAUUACGAGAACCCCACCAUCCAGAUCGAGCUGCGGCAGAACGCGUCGCAGAAGAGCCCCGGAGACGUGGACAUUGGCGACGCGGCCUACUACUUCGAGAGGGACGUCAAAGGCGAGUCGCUCUUCCACGGUGGGGGCAGAGAUCUCUUUGAUGUGCGGGUGCGAGGCGAACCCCUGCACUUGGAGGGGACCCUCAUCUACUACCUGGACGAGAAGCCCCCUGAGUUCUCCAUGAAGCGCCUCACCGCCGGCCUCAUCGCUGUCAUCGUGGUGGUCGUGCUGGCCCUGGUGGCCGGCCUGGUCGUCCUGGUUAUUACUAACCGGAGGAAGUCGGGGAAGUACAAGAAGGUGGAGAUCAAGGAAAUGGGGGAGAUGAGGAAGGAAACCGGCUCGUAG